AUGCCGGCCAAGACCCCUAUGUACCUGAAGAGCAGCACGCCCAAAAGAGGCAAGAAGCCCAAACUGCGUGAUGUGCUAUCGGGCGACAUGAUCAGCCCCCCGCUUGGCGAUGUGCGCCACAGCGCCCAUGUGGGGCCGCGUGGCGAGCGCGACAUGUUCGGGGAUGUAGGAUUCCUCUCGGGGAAGAUGGACAUGUUGCCAGCGCGGAAAGGCGACGCUCGCUCACACAGCGUGGACGGAAGCAACGGGAACGAGGCCGCCGCCUCGGACUACUCCUACAACGGAUUCCACUACGAGCGCUCGUCUUCGGGUUUAUUGAAGAACACCAUCUCCAUGCCUGCCUUCGUCGCUCACGAACAAGCCCCGCCCAAGCCGCCGCGCCUUCAUUUAGAUGAUGGCAAGCAUGGCCACCUACAGCCCUCGGACGUCCACGACAAGCGGCAUGGGCGGCGCCCUGUAGAGAACGGAGGCGGGGACAUCUCCCUGUCACCCUCCCUCCGACGACUGGUCCCGUCGUCCGGGUCCUUCUCCGAAGUCUCGUCGGAGGAGUCUGUGUCCGACAUCUGCGGGCGGCGAGGCCUCAGUCUGGACUCAGACGCUGGUCUCAGCAAUGAGGAUCUGUGUGACGAUUCGCCAUACGGACUCUUCCCGCGAUCAGACUCCGUUGCGGCCUUGGACUUGGACCUGGAUUUGGGGCCGUCCAUUCUGGACGACGUCCUUGGAAUCAUGGACCGCUACAAGGACGUGGAGCACCGAUGCGAGCUAUGA